UUUGAAAGGCGCUGUUGUUUCACGUCGGCGAUGCAAUCCUGACUGUCAACAAGAUCUGCUGCGGAAGCUGCUUCUCUAGUUGCACAUAAAAAAACCCCCAUAACAGAUCAACAGCGAGGAGCCGGUAACCCACAGGAGCUGCAGCUGUGGUCUCCCUCUCCGGGGCAAGGGGGUGAUUAUGUGGCCGGGACGGCGUCUGUAACGCGGCUUUUAACAGAUCUCAGUCCAGGCUUAGAGGGCACAUUCCUUGGAGUGUGUUAAUUUCAUGUUAAUUCCACGAUGGAGGUGAACGGAGCCCCCGCUGACGUCCUCCUCCAGCGCCCCUGGCUUCCUGUGGGCAUCAGCGGCUGCCAGCUCCUAGCUAAGAUCUGGUUUGGAGACUCUGCGUACCACAUCCUGCUGACUGACAUGAGCUGCGUAUGGGAGGAGAGGAUGGACUCAGCCGCCAUCCACAGACGAUCACAGGAGCUGAACAGGCGUUUGCGAGCCCCGGUCAGAGCUUUCUUCUCCCACCUGUGUGAGGUGGCUCAGCCCUGUCUGUCAGGAAGCAGUGAGCGAGCCGACAGCGCGGCUCUGAUCUCCCUGAUGCGCCAGGAACACGACAACAUCAGCAUUAAGCUGAAGAGCGAGCUGGCGGGGCUGCCCUUCUACUGGGAAUUUCGCUGCACCCCCGCCCCCGUCACACUGGUGUGUGUUCAGCUGCUGCGCCCCCUGCUGGCGAUGAGCCGCCUGCUGCAGCGGCAGGUGGAGCAGCUGGGAGGUCUGCUGGUGAAGAAGGACACAGAGAUCCAGGACUACAGGGAGAACGGAGCCACGCUCAGCAGAGAGCGGCUGCAGACGGAUGUUUUUGAGGAGCAAACCUACCAAGAAAACUUCAUGACAAAGCUUUUUGGUGAUGGUUGAGGAGGGUGGGCGCCCAGCGAGAGACCACAGAAGAAGAAGAAGAAGAGAGAGAGAAGAGGAACACUGCGGUGGAUCAAAGUCCUCUCUCUCGUGGCAAAUUCCACCGGGCUGCGAGGAGUCUGCCUGCAGACCAAAGUCCAAGCUGAAAUAAAACGUGUCUGGGGAAAAAUGUCACUGGGAUGCGUCAAAGGAAGAAUCCCACACAGGACGAGCCACUGUGUGUGUGUCAGAGAAAGAGUGAAGGCGUUUGGCAUCGGUGUGUUGUAUUUAUCUAUCAGGGUAGGGCCUUUGCAUGCUGUCUGUCCGCCCAGUGACUUUUGCUUGAGUUGCUGUCUGUGUCUGUCUCCAUGGCAACAUUUUGCCCUACCCAUCAGUGCUUCAAAUUGAGCAGAGCUCUGUAGUGUGCUAAUCAACAGGUCGAUCAAGAACAAAAUCAAAACUCAAGGUUCACUUCCUAGCUUUCUGCAAAAUAACCAAGACAAUUGUAUUGAUGUUGAAAGCGCCAGAAAAAAACUGGAUAUUCUCCUCUAAUUUUCCGGAGAGCCUGUAUGUGAGAACACAAAGGUCAGAGACAGUUGCCCUGGACUUUCUCUGGAGUUUUUCUGGCAUGUUGAUGACUUUGUUAACAUGCGACAGAUGCAAAACUGAAAAAAACCCGAAAAGAAUAUGAAUAUCUCCAAAUGAAAAGAGGAGCCACACACAGAGAAGAUGCAAACGAAGACUACAACUUGAAAAGACUAUGAGAUCAAGAUCAAGAGCUUUUGGCGAUAAGCUGAUGCUAGAGUCAUGUGAUAUCCGCAACUGGACUGAGUUCACAUCUGACAAUGACUGAAAGGGGAUUUUCUCAGUGCGUUAUCAUUGUAAACAGAAUAUUUUUGUGCUUUAGUCUGAUAAGUCUUCUCUCGAAUUUCUGCGAGAUCAAAUCAUUAACCAGGGGACUGCAAAAAAAUCAGGAUUUUAAAUGCUUUUACUAAAAGUAUUUUUGGUUACAGGCCAAGUGUGAACGCCUGAUGUUUUCUUCCGGGUGCUUAAACAUAAUGAUGUCACAACCUGAGCUGUGUUUCUGCGCAGAACUUGGCAAACUCUUUUCUCUUUGCUACCACUCUUAAAGUGGGACUGGCUUCCCAAGAGUG